UUUUAAGGGAGCUGUAAACGUUUCGGUUCCUUUGAUUCACUCGGAGCAGGAUCUGUAAAUAUUCCAUAAGCUGCAGUUUGAGAGCCUUGUCUUAUUAAAAAAGAGUCAUAAUUUCUUGUUAUUACAUAUUCACUUUGUCUAAAUAGCAAUACGACAGCGUGAGAGGAAAAUGAUUCUUAGUGAAUCGAUUCUCCUGACUCACUGGAAGAGAACCGAAAGUUAAGAGCUGGUUUUAAUUGCCGUGAAGUCGAUUGUGUUGUCAGUGAAGUGAAGUGGAGACAUUGUUAUUCCUCUUCUUCAUCCUCCUCCUCAUCUUCUUCUUCUGCUUGUUAUUAUUAGUAUUAGACUUUUUAUUAGAGCUUUAGCAGUGUUUUCUUCCUUGCGGUUUUGUUCAGGACUGAAGAAGCUCGAAGGCGUCGUUGGUUUGUGCUGUGACACCCUGCUGCACCCUGCCACAUGACAGCAGAGCAAUGACGCAUUUAUUGUUUAAAAGUGUGUAAACGAAUUGAAGAACCCAGAAACGUCGACAAACAUGACCAAGUUUUGAGAAACUUCUUCAUUCCACAGAAAAGAAGAAGAAGAAGAAGAAGAGCUUCACAUUCCAGGGGUUCGAGCUGAAGAAGAAGUGAACCAGGAAAAGCUACAGUUCUGAUUCACAUGGGGUCCACAAUCAGAGAGAAACUGCAGGAGCAGCUGGGCGAGUACAUCUCAGACACUCUCAAAUACUCUGAAACUGUGAAGGAGUUUUGUGACGGAGAAUCAAAAUGGACCUUGCAGAGAGAGACCGAGCUCGAUAUGAUGAGAGACAUCAAAGACCGGGCCGAUCAAAUCACUCUGAAGUUCGACCAUGUUCAGAAGGCUGAGGACAAGGCCAAAGCUUUGGGCGAGUACAUGUGGAGCGGCCUGACCCAGGUUACAGCAGAUUCCAGGAAGCAGGAGCUGGAGAAGGAGCUUGGAGAAGUUCUGAAGAACACUUUAGAAGGACUGGAGAAACUCCAACACUUCCUGGAUGCAGUGGAGAAGCUAGCCGUCACCUCACUGUUCGUCUUCAUGGGCGAGAGCUUCAUGCCAAAAGGAGUGAGUUCCAUGUCCGUACGUUCAGUGAUCUCUGCAGCCAGAAUCGUGUCUCCGCUCCUCAUCCACUUCAAGAGAGACGCUGGAGCUUUCUUCCUGCCGAGCCUCAGCAAUGUGGAAGUCCUGGCCUUUCAGCUGGACAAAUACAUCCGCAUCACUCAGCAGAUCUGUGCAAAGAUGGAGAAAAAAUCCAAGAGCGUUUCAUGUUAUGAAGGUGCUCAUGAAUGGAAAAAUGGGAAAUCUUCACUAAAGUUUAAUUUGAACAUGAGUGAGGAGUCUUUGCAGAAACUGUAUGACCAUUUAGUCCAGCUAACCAAAAUCAGGAUGGACGAGUCCUUCAGGCUGACUUUCCUAUUCGAUGUGAAGGCACAAGACUUCAUCUUUAUAUUCAGUGAGCGCCACUCCAGAAUGCUCGAGUUUCUGGCUGAUUUAGAGAAGGCUGCAGUGGAGCUGGACAAGAUGAAGAAGGGCUCCAACAUCUCCACUGUGGCUGGAAGUUCAGUCGGUAUUGCAGGAGGUGUUUUGUCCAUCGUAGGUUUAGCUCUUGCUCCCGUCACUGCAGGUGUAUCUCUGGCCCUCACACUCACAGGCGUUGGUCUCGGAGUCACCAGUGGUGUUAAUGGCAUUGUGACAGGCAUCACUGAAAUGGCAGUCAACAGUCAUCAUGGGAAAAAUGCCAACAACAUCUUCGUCAGGUUUAUGGAAGACGUGCAGAAGAUCCUAGAUUGUAUGGAAGAAGUGGCCAGCAGUGAGGGUCCAGCAGCAGCUCCUCAUGGUGUCACCACAGCCGUUGAAGUUGGGAAACUGGCCUCACGUGCCGGAGCUGUAGGAAAAGGUAUUGAUGCUAUUGUGGAUGGAGCUUCGGCUGUAAAAGCUCUCAGAAGUGAGGUGGUGAUUGCAAAGGCAGUUAAUAUGGGGCUUCAGGAAGCUAAAGCAGGUCGGAACAUCCCAAAACUGGCUGCAGAUCUUCCUGACAUUGGGCAGGUGGCUAAAGGAACUCCUCUGGCCCUUUCACAGUCAGCCAGGGCGGGGUUCAUCGGCUUAAAUGCCCUCUUUAUCGGUCUGGAUGUUCUGUUUAUCUGCAAAGACGGCAUGAGUCUGGCCAAAGGAAGCAAAAAUGAAGUGGCUCAGCUCAUUCGCUCCAGAUCAGCUCUGUGGCUUUCAGAAGUGAACGCAUGGGAGAAGAUCCAUGACCAUCUGUGUGAAGCAAUGUCAAGCUUUAACAAGAAUCGGGAUAUUCUAGAGCAGCCUUUCCACCCUUAACAUCAGCCUGACCUCACAGACAGGAUGGUUAAAAUGUUUAACUCCUGCUUGAUAGCUAAUUUUGUUUAUUUUGGUUUGAGUGUCAGGGUCAAAAGGUGUGUAACUUUGCACACAAACAGACACACAAUACAAAGACUUUCUGUCUAAAACUGAUUCGGGGGUGGGGCUAAGUUUGUGAUGUCACUAAAUAUACGCCACAGCAUUGGGUCAUGUCUGGGAUUUGUUUAUUUCCAUUGUUGUCAUGUUCAGAUUUCAUUUUGUUUAACAGAUAAAACUGGAAAUCAAAGUAACUGUAUAAACAUUGAUCGUUUUAAUAUUUAACAUGCUAAUGACAAUUACAAGGUGUUGAUUAAUGCUCUAAAAUUCCUGAAAUUCUAUAAAUAUCAUUUAACAAAUUGAAAUGACUUUUUAUAUCCUUCUAUAUUACUUCUAUUUCUGUGCUAAAUGUCCUUUCUCUAAGCAGUGCAGUACAAACUUUAUUAAAAAAGUUAAGUAAUCAUACAGGAAACUUGUACAAAUAUGUUGUGGUUAGGGUGGUGAAGCAGACAGUCACAUAUUUGUGCAUUUUGCUUGUGUGCUUGUUUAACUCUUCGUAGACUGUAAAUCCACUGUCUGUAAUAAACCACAGUCAGCUAACUGUUGGCAGUUGGUAUAAAAGAGGCAUGAUUCAUUAGUGUGUGUCUGUAAUUUGGGUGUGACUGAAUACAAAAGUCCAAAAGUCUCAGAAAAAAAAAUCAACUGCUGUAGUAGAUUGCACAUUUCCGUCUUCUCCUGUUUCUUCUACUGUGUCUUACAGACCUCAGUGAAAUAAGUCCUGUCUCGCACAGUCACUGACGGCUCCUGAAGCUCUGUACCUGAGGAUUAAACACACGUUACAACACACUAUUCCAUAUUUCAAUUUGUUUGCAAAAAUUCCUCAUUAAAAAAGAGGUGUUUUCAGAGUCCAAAAGUUACAUCAGUUAUUAAAAUCAGAAAGGUCAGAUUGGGGUCACACACAUGCUUAUAUAGAUUUUUUUGUGUAGUCCGUUAAGAUUAUGCAAGAUGCGUCUCCUCCGAUGUCCUCUAUGUGAAAAAAAAACAUUUUUGUGGACCUUGAAGUGAUAUUAUUAAUUAACAAAUAGUGUUGUCAUAUAUAUAUAUAUAUUUAAUAUUGGCCUCAAAUGACAUUCCAUAGUGUUUUUGAGUCACUCUGAAGGUACAGUGGCUGAGAGUGGAGUGAAGGUGUAGCACACAACCAUUUCGCGUGCUCUGUGUAACUGAGGAGUGUAUAGGAGGCGUGGCUAGAAAGAAACCGUUGCUCAAGUAGAGCAUGAGAGCGACCCAUUGAACAUGUGUUUUGUUGGUGUGAUGAGACCAAGAUACUGCAUUUGCGUGUUUCAAAGCACUAUGUGUGGUGCGAACCUAACACAGGCUGUACCUCAAUUAACACCAUCUCUGUAGUGAAACAUGGUGGUGGCAGCAUCAUGCCAAAGCAAUGCAGGAGUGGUUAAAAACAAAAAAGGCGAGUAUUCUACAGUACAGAUGUUUAAAGUACAGAUCUGAAUCCCACUGAAAAUCUGUGGCACUGUUUGAAAAUUGCAGUCAACAGACAAAAUCCAACCAAGAUCUGUCAACAAAUAAUUCAUUUUCACUUUGAAAUGUUACUUUAAGAGCAUUUUGAUUUGCAAUAAAAAUACCGUCUGGAA